AUGAGCAUGGCAGCAUGGCUUGGCUUUUUCCUGGCGCUGGCAGCCUGCAUGCAUUUCGCUGCUUCGCAGUACGCGGCAGUCAUGUCGAAUUUGGAGCUGUCGACAACCAGACGCUGUGUGAGCUGUACUUGCCGACCACGUACCCCCCAGGGCGGUGUGGCGACUAGAGACGCAUCCAAGUGGAUCCUGCUUUGCAAGGACGGUUGGCAAUGGUUGGCUGUGCCCGUGGUGGCUGUCAGGUACGUAGCCGGUAGUGCAUUGACGACAGCCAUGCAAUACGCUGGAUUUUGGCGCGGGUGCUCUGUACGGAGUCGCAGUACGGAUACUUGCCUGGGCUCACUUCAUGGCGUCGCUUCCACGGGACGGUAG